GAGAGUCGGCCGCAGCCGCCACCACGGCCACGGCAACCACCGCGGCGGGCAAGCAGCCCUGCAAGCUGGCGGUGUGCGUGCUGCACGAGCCCUCCGCGCCGAGGGUCUACGCAGUGGAGCACAUCGACGGCGCGGGCCACCGGCUGAGGAACAUCAUCGAGGGCAUGGCGGUGGCAGAGAUUGGCGGCGCGCAGGAGGAGGUUGGCGUGUGCCCAACUUCUGCGAGAGCCGGGAGCGAAGUCCGCCCGCUGUCAAGAGGCCUUCUGAGGAGGAGCUGUUCUUCCCCCAGGUCGUGCGCGAGGGGCAGGAGAUGUUCUACAUCUCCAACUGGACCUGGAAGUUCGAGAGCGUCCGGGAGCUGGAGAUGCAGCGGGACAGGUUCCCUCCCGCUGCCGAUGUCUUCUGCCCCUCCAACGCAGAGUGGUCGUACGACCCAGCCACACCGGUGUCGGCCUACUUCACCGAGCGCCUGCGCCACCUCCUGAGGCAGCAGUUGCUCCUGCGGCCGUCUGCUUUUGCCCCAGGCCGCUUUUCAGUCGCGAUGCACGUCCGGAGGGGUGACCUGGGCGCGUCGGAGGGUCGCGCGAUGCCGAACAGAUUCUACUACGGCAUCAUAGACGCAGUCCGCCGUCAUGUGCCGACUGCCGACGUGCACAUCUGGAGCUCCACCUGGCCGUUCUGGAAUUCGUCGGAGUUCGAUGGGUACAGGGAGCGGGGCGUGGGCGUGCACCUGGACGACGCUGACCUCAUGGACCCCUGGGCGAACUUCGUGAGGGCCAGGCUGCUCGUGCUGUCGCCGAGCAACUUCGCCUGGGUCGCGGGCGUGCUGAACCCGUUCUGCGUGCUGCAGCCGGAGAAGAUCGGAGGAAGGUGGAGGUUCGAGAACUGGAUGAACAGCGACGACCAGGGCAGGCCCACCUGGGACGCCGAGCUGGCGCCCUGCCUCUCGAGGGCCGCCGCCCUGCCCGAGCUGUGA